AUGGCCCCAGCCCAGAAACUCGUCUUCAACAGAGUGAACGGCAAGAGGCCGCAGGUGCUGCCGCAGCAGGUCUCGGCCCCCGAGGAGUGCUACACGCUGGCCCACGAGGAGAACGUCCGCUUCGUCUACGAAGCCUGGCAGCAGGUAGAGCAGCAGCUGGACGGCAGCCGGAGCGGGGAGAGCGCCUGCGGCCCUGUGCAGUACGUAGAGAAAAACCCCAACCCCGGACUGAAAAACUUUGUUCCCAUCGACCUGGAGGAGUGGUGGGCGCAGCAAUUUCUGGCCAAAAUUGAAAACUGCUCAUAA